UAAAAAACAAAAACACAGAAAGAGAAGGUUUAAAGAAAGAAACAGGGUUCAACAGUUGAACACACAAGUAAAAUAUCACUCUCUCUCUCUCUCCUCUUUCUCUCUCUAAAAGCUCACCGCCAUUUUUAUACACAAUGAACUGCUGCAGCCACCUCCUCCGCCACUCCUCCACAUUAUCACCACUGCUCCUCUUUUCAGCAGCGUCGUUAUUCUUCACGGCGGCGUCCGCCUUCGGAAUAAACUACGGCCAGAUCGCGAACAACCUCCCCCACCCGGAGUCAGUCGUACCGCUCGUCAAAUCCAUCGGCGUCACACGCGUCAAGCUCUACGACGCCGAUCCCCGCGUACUCAAAGCCUUCGCCAACUCCGGCGUCGAGUUCAUCGUCGGCGUUGGAAACGAGUACCUAUCCAAAGUCCGAGACCCCAAGCAAGCUCAGGCCUGGGUCAAAACGAACGUCCAACCCUACUUACCGGCGACCAAAAUUACCUGCAUUACCCUCGGGAACGAGGUUCUAACCCUAAACGACUCCGCCCUCUCCGCCGACCUCCUCCCCGCCAUGGAAGGAAUCCACUCCGCCCUAGUUUCGCUUAACCUAGAUAAGCAAGUCACGGUCACCACCUCACACAAUUUGGCGAUUCUAGAAGUUUCGUACCCGCCCUCCGCCGGGGCUUUCCGGUCAGAUCUGAAGCAGAAAUUGGCGUGCAUACUCGAUUUCCACUGCAAAGUAGGUUCUCCGUUCUCGAUCAACGCGUACCCUUACUUCGCGUACAAGGCGAAUCCGAAGCAGGUGCCGCUCGAUUUCGUCCUGUUCGAGUCGCGAUCGGCGUCGGUGGACCAGGUCUCGGCGCUGCACUACGACAACAUGUUCCACGCCCAAAUCGACGCCACCUACUCCGCAAUCGAGAGGCUCGGCUACAAAAACGUGUGCCUGCAGGUAUCGGAGACUGGAUGGCCGUCGAAAGGCGACGCCGAUGAGGCCGGGGCGACGCCGGAGAAUGCGAGAAAGUACAACGGGAACCUGAUUAAGCUGAUUUCUCAGAAGAAGGGGACGCCGAUGAGGCCGAAUUUGGAUUUGGAUGUACACGUUUUCGCUCUGUUCAACGAGAAUCAGAAGCCCGGCCCGACUUCCGAGAGGAAUUUCGGCCUGUUCAAGCCCGACGGAACUCCGGUGUAUAAUCUAGGGUUUAAUGCGAAAGGCUUGCUGAGCACGAACACGACGGGGUCGGGUGGCGGCGGCGGCUCGGGAAGUGGUGCGACGUCGUCCGGUCCGCCGCCGGCGGUGACCGGAACUUCUUCCGAUGCCUACUUAUCCAUUACUGCCGAUGACGCGGAGAGACUUCCUUUGCAAGGGGCGUUAUCUAUUUUAUCCGUGAUGAUUUCUGCAAUAAUACUAGUAUCCCAACUUUGAAUUGUGGUUUGUGAACUCGAAAACGGAUUUUUCAUCUACAAAGAAUCACGAAAGAAUACAAGAGCCCGAGGAAAAAGGUUGGAUUCGAUAUCUUUUAUUUCAUGCAAAUUCUUCUUUGGAAUCAUUCAUUUGUAAGAGGGUUGGCUCAAUUAUUUUAUUGAGUGCUGAGAGAUAUGAGAAAGAUCCAUUGUUCUUUUUUUUUUUCUCUUUUAGGCUGGCACUGAGUCAUGCUUUCUUUUCUGUCUGUAGUAUUUUUGUCUACGGAUAUAAAGAAAGAAAGCACAUGUUUCAGUCUGGUUACUGCUUUAGUAAUGUAUUCUACUAGGAGAGGUAUCUAGAUUAUAAUUCAUGUUUUCUUCUUUCUUGCUUUUACUUAUAGUGUGUUUUUUUGAGGAAUCUUGGAUCCUAGGAUUAUAUGUAAUUAUGUACGUUGGGGUGCUUUUAUUAUUCGUUUAUCUAAAUUCUAAUCUAUCUCGUUUCGUAGCUCAUUUGAUAUGGAAACAAUCUACCUCUCGACAAUUACUCGUACUAAAUUCAGCUGAUGUUACAAAAAGCACACAAUCUAGUUUUAUAGUGCAUUAAUA